AUCUAAGUUUAGUUUGUUUCCUUUCAUUUCAUUAUUUUUCCCAUUCUCUCUCUCUCUCUCUCUCUCUCUCUCUCACAAAUCUUCAUUGAGAGAAUGGCCCAUCACUGCAGAUCCAAAUCCCCAUUUUAUCUGCUUUUCAUUCUCCAUCUCAGAACCUAAAAAAAUCACCUUUUGAUUUCCCUGUUCUUCUGGGUCUCUCCUUUUUUUGCUUCUACAUUUUACACUUUCUUCUUUCUCUUCACUAUACAAACUAUCAUCAUCGAACAACAACAAUCACUUUCAUUAUGACGAUGUUGAUCUUAUCUCCAUGAUAAAAGAACAAUCCAAUUGAACCUAGUAUUACUAUUUUUUAGGGUGUCCUUGUUUUGGAAUUGAGGGUACCAUUCUAUAUCUUGUUUGAUUGUGAUUGAAAUUUCCUACAUUAUCAUUAAUGGCAUUAUUGGGCGCAAAUGUGCAAUUAAAUGACAAUUUUCAAGGAUACUAUCCAACAAGGGAGCUCAUCUUUGACUCUGGAGGCAGCACAUGGACCUCAUCUAAUGUUAAUAAUGAACUGAGGACCGAUUUCUUCCACAUGGGUCCCUUCCCGGUAUCAUCGCCGUGUACCUUUUUAGGCUACAACCAGGAGCUUGUAAAACAGACUAUACUCAAGCAUGAAGCUAUAUUUAAGGACCAAAUUCGUGAGCUCCACCGUGUUUAUCACAAACAGAGGGAAUUAAUGGAUGAAAUUAGGAGUGAAUUACAUAAACAAAAUGUAAGGUUGGAGGCAUCAUGGUCUAGUUCCGCUUUGUCAUCUAAACACGGAGAAAAGAUAUUUUACUCAUCGAACCUGCCCUGGUCAACCUCUCAAUCAUCUUUUUUAUUUGCUGAAAGCAUCCAGUUGCCACCGGCCUUUGCUCAAGAAAAAAGCAGGCAAAUUUUUCCUGCUCGUGCUUCAACUGUAACUAAAGAAUCUUUAAAAGAUUAUACACUACCAGAGUCCACGUGCAGAAAAGUCGGUAAAAAAAUAUUGGAUCUUGAACUUCCUGCUGAUGAGUACAUUGAUAGCGAUGAAGGUGAAGAAAAUGUACAGUUUAAGCUCGACUUAAAUGUACCAUUUAGGCUUGAAGUAGAGACAGCUGCAAAGUCUAAUAAUAUGGAGGCCCCUACAAAUCAUAUGAACAAUUUUUUGUAUGAUCUCUCGAUGAGAACAAAAUUUGGAUCUCAAAAUUUCCACGACGAUGUCUUCAACAAAAGACAGAAUCUUGAAGGAAGCUCACAUAACCAACUGAAAGACAAUGAGAGGAAAUGUGAUUGGAAGUCCUCAGGUUUAAAUGGUGGUUUGUUGGAUUCUUUGGAUAAAGAUAUUCUUACAGAAAAGCAAUCUGUUUCAGUUGAUUCAUCAUGUAAGAAUAUGGAGCAAUUUGAUGACCUUUCAUCUUUUCACUCAUCACAUCAAGUUAACCGAGGACCUUCGACAAAGACAAUUUUUUCUAGUAGUGAGAGCUCUGCACGUAACAGAUUUCUUGGGGCAAUGGGGUUGCCUUGUCUUAAAGAAUUACCUGUUGUCAAAGGAAAACCCAAUGAAGAAAGUACAAUGUCAACCCAAAUUGAAUCUGUCGUUUUAAAUCCUCACACGUCAUCUGAUCAUGGCUUUGCCACCAAACACUUCCAAAACCAAGCCAAAAAUCAAAGGAUUGAAGAAAUUGAGAAAGAGUUACCUUCUGUAGAUGUGUCUGACAUAGGGGAACAGAUACCCUCAGGCGAGCAUUUGAUUACGAAUGAGAAGAAGAGGAAGCAUGAAUAUUUGGAAGGUAUUAUCGACCUAAAUUCAAGCAUGAUUGAGGACGAGAAUGUGCCAAUUGAUGUUGAUUUUCAUGCACCUGCGAGUCCAGAGAACAAGGAAUGCUCUCCGCCCCGAGGAGAAUCCGAUGAAAACCAGCUUGCGACAGUGACACCCUUUCAAUUUGCAGAACAAGAGGAUCCCCAUGUGCAAGAAGAGCAAACCAGAAUUGCAGCAGAAGCUUUGGUUUCCAUAUCAGGAUUUGUGACUCAGAAAGAUAUCCAAAUGGCAACUUGUUCAUCAUCUGAAUCUUCUGCGAAUAGUUCUCUUAACUGGUUUGCUGCAAUUGUUUCCACAGCAGUUGAUCAUGCAGAGAAUGAUAAUGAAACUGAUUUCAACGGUAAGGUUAAUGGUCUUGACGAGUUUCUGUCUGAUGAAAUGGAUUACUUCGAGUUCAUGACCUUAAAUUUGACCGAGACAAAGGACCGAGAUUGCUGCUUUAAGAGUAUGGGCCAAACCGACCAAAUUGGUGCAUCAGCUUCACCAACUCAACCAAGGAAGAGUGUCCGGACAUAUAGAGGAAGGUGGCGAAAGGAUUUUCAGAGUGAAAUCCUCCCAAGCAUUGCUUCUUUGUCAAGGUAUGAGGUGACUGAGGAUCUUCAGAUUAUUGAAAGCCUUGUAACUGCCGAUACUCACUCCGAGAUGGGUUCUCUAAGAAAUGCAAGUGGAAAAGUGCCGAGUAGGGGCAGGAGAAGAUCCUGUUCUUCAGCUUCUAACACUAAAGACUCAGACUUGCUGUUGAACUUGAAACCUCUAACUAAUAUCUCUGAAUUGGGAAUUGAGAAAAAGGGCCUAAUAAGUUGGGGAAAGACGUGCAAAAAGCAAAGGGGACAGAGAUUUCGCAUCACUAAUCCUCGAUUUAUUUGGAGCUAAGUAUAUAACUAAUUAUAAGACCAUGUCCAUUGACCUUGGAUGAGAUUUUUAUGAAGUAUAGGAUGAUUUGUAAAUUAAGAUAUACAAUAUAGUAACUGAAGGAUAGAAAAUGAACUCUACUGUAUAUCCUGGUUUUUUCUUGGGAUUGAAUCCAUUAUAUUCCUCUCAUGUAGGAGAUGGAAUAGCUUUUA